ACUUACCUGAGGAAGUGUUUUUCUCAUCCACCUGACCAUCUGUUUCUCACCUGUCCUUCUGAAUUUAUAGGAUGUGUUGAUGGCGUGGUGGGCGUGGCAGCUCGGGUGGCCUCAGUCCAGUUGCCAUGGCUCACCUCGGAGGUGGAACCAAGCCCAGAUCUGACCAAUCACAUCACAGGACUGGAAACUAUGAUGAGCGAGAUGCAACAGAGGGUUCCCGUGGCGUUCUGGUCGGUGGAGGCGACCCAGCCGGCGUGGGCUGAAGCCCGCGGUGAGCCAGAUGACCUGGUGGAGAGCCUGGAGGACCUGAUGGAGGUUGAGGUCAUUGCCGGUUCCAAGAAGACGGCAUGCUGUGGGCUGGGCUGCGUCGGGUAGAUGUAGAUUUAAGUGUUUCCAUUAAGAUGGGAGAAUCGUGUUUUAGAGGAAACAGAAGAAAACCUGGGUUCAUUUGUCAUUGUGAUGUUUAAACAAUCAAUAUUAAAUAAGUCUAAAUAAAGCU